UGAUGUAUCCAGAUCCCGCGUAUUUUGGAAUUUCAAAUGACAGUAAAACAGACGGGGUAAGUACAUCAACAUUUUAGUAAAUCUUGGUUCUCACAUGAGAUAUUUAUUUGUUUUUUAUUUGUUUAAAGCUAGUUAUCUUUUAUUUACUAUGGUAAAAUUAUAUGAUUGGAUAGUUUUAUUUAAAGGCUGGUCACUCACGACAUGUUUAUAUAGGUAAAACCACUGAGCUAUAUACUAUAUUACUGGAGGACCUGCUCUCCAUAAAAAGUGUCGCCAAAAACAUGGUGGAUCUUACGCCAUUUCCGUGACAACACUUACUUUAGUUUCAUGGUAACUGCCACUGACCAACCGCGAUCCAAAGCUUGCGACGAUGUCCUUAACCCCUGGUUCUUGCACAAAUAUUUUAAGUUUCUGUUGUUUUUUAGCUAAAUAUAUUAAUUUUUCCCUCGCACAUUACUUGUUUAAUACAACGCGGAGAAAGGGUGCAGGUUUGUCUCGCUUGGGCCGGAUGCAGCACUUCACUACAAAGAAAUUAUUUCAAGUAAGAUUCACGAACCUUUUUUUAACUUUCCAGAUGACUACAGUCACUAUAUAUAGACCCUUUAUAAUAUUUCAAAAACUCGUCAUCCUAAUCCUCGAGCCGACGGCGCGAAGCGCCGUGCGAGGGUACUAAUUCCCGCCGGCUUUUUACACCCGGGGAAACGGAAGCAUUAGCCAAGUCUAAAGUUCAUCAAUGAGCGCGGGCGUCGGUCACCAACCGUGGGUGGUCAUCUUCACUGAUCUCAAAAAUAUGGCUGUUUGCCAGGAGUGGGAUAAGCAAGAUUGCUAAGAUUUCAAUUUUCAAAAGCAUAUAUUUGGAAAAUCACGUUUCACACAAUAAGCUCUGAAGCAAUUUUUGUUUGAAGAAAUGAGAAGAAUUGAUUUACUCUGGAAAAUCGUGGAAUAUAGGGCAAGUUUGCUUUGAAUGUUUAUUGUUUAUGAAUUUUUUUGCUUUAAUUUAUUGCGUAUUACAUGCACUGCUUUCCUUUUCAAUGAAGCUGUAUUAAAGUUUGCUAAAUUACCCUGUUUAAUUUAAGAAUAAAAGGUAAAAUGUAAAGGAGAGCAAAUUCAUUUGAAAACCGAACUGAAAUUACUCAACAAUUUGAACUUAUUUUGUUUUAUAAACUAUAUAAAAACCCGUACAGUUUUAUAUCGGAAAAAGCAUUUUAUAGUUUAAUAUUAAAGUUUAUAGUUAAAUUUUACAUUAAAUCAAAGCUCCGACAAAAUGCAGAACAUACUUACAGUACAUAUUUCGGAAAUUCAUUGUUAUAUAGUUAAAAGCAACAAUCUUUCAAUUAUUUUUGGCGUGUUGUACAAAACAUAUAAUAAAAAUUAAAUUUAUCGUGUUGCCAUGGCAACACUGACGUAAACGCGAGCCUGCGUUCAGUCACAUGCAGGUUAGUGUUAAUCAAUUACUAAUACUUCAUGUUAAAUCAAUGUUUGGAAAAUGCAUGCGAAGGGUUGCUGCAUGCAUGUAUUUCUAGUAUAUACAGCAAAUAUUUCAAUAGCGGACAUGAAAAUAUUUUCAAUGAUUAAAUAUUGUGUACAUGAAAUUAUGUUGUUUUGUGUCAGCACUGGCCUUUGUGGUUUUAUUGCCAGACUGCCAGUUUUUUAAAUACUUGUAUAUUAUAAUUGUGGUUGUUUACAUGUUCAUAAAGAUUUAAUAUGAUGUGAAAUUUAUAUACUUGCCCAUCAUAGCGCAGGAUUAAUAUAUAUAUAGAUAAGCACAACGCCAUGCAGACGCAGAGUUGAGUAGAGGUACUAGAGGAGGCCCACCUACAUGUGACAAUGUGCCCUGUCCGGAAAAGCCUUAAAGACUGUCUUUAUUAUUUGCUCUGUGCGUCCAAUGCCAGACAAUUUUAAGGGGCGAUCGCACUGCUGCCACGCAGUGGGAUAAUUACAAUAGCUAUCCGCCAAUGAGCAGACCCUGAGAUAUAUAGUCAGCCCAUUAAGCUGCAUUGUGUGUGCCCAAAUGAAACCUAGCUACUUUCUUAUUUUACUCUGUGAGACUAAAUCCAGAUGUUUUACUCCUGAAGGGAAGAGUCUUGGGGUAAAAAUAGAUAACAUUUUGCCAUUGUCUGUUUAGAAAUACAUAGUUUUACAAAGUGUGAUGUCAUAGUUACAUGGCAAGAACAAAAAUGUUGCCCACAAGGCGCUGGUCAUGCACUGAUACACUAACGAUAUGAAUGCAGAAUGCUACAUCAUUUCUAACAUUGGAAUUGGUGAUGUCCGACUGGUCUGGAGAAAUUAUGAUGAAAUUUGCUAAUAGUAGUUUGACAUAUAUUUUAGCAGCUAUAGUUAGUAAUGCAAUUGCGUUCCUGAAUAUGAAACAAUUGCACUUAAUUUUGAAGCUAGGAUCAAUAGUCUUGGUAAAUCAGAUCAUGUACCAUAGUGGCAGCACUCUCCCCUUGACUAGCAUAUUUUUUUGGUGUAAGGAUGUAUAAUGUAUAAAUGUAUCAUGAUAAUAAUGAAGUGUAAGCACAUGUUAUUAGGAACAAUUAAAUUAUACAGUUUUGUUUUUUAAAUUGCUUACUGCCAAUAAUUUGUUGUAUCCAAAUGCUGAUUGGUCAGCUGAAGUGAUUGACAUAUAAGAUUAGGUCACGAGACAUUAAAUUAGGAGACGCUAAGCCAGAGAGCAAGUAUACAUGUAUAAUAUAGCAGAGUAAAUAUUUGUUAUAAAAGUUGAGUAACGGAGGAUAUAAAAGUGGCGACGAGGUCCGAAAAACCCUAAAUCUAUAUUAUGGAUACCGAAGGUCAAGAUAACAAUGCUGAAAACGCAUCAUCAUCAACAACGUCAAACGCUACAAACGCGACAACAACAUCGCAAGUUCCACGCAGUGGUUUACCGCCGUUUCCUCCCUUUAAUCUACACCAGGAUACAGCAACAGUGGGUCAACGAUGGACUAAAUGGGUUCGUCGUUUCGAAAACUUGCUUAUAAGUCUUCGUGAGUUUGAUUCAACCGUUAGGAGAGGUUUAUUGUUAACCUAUGUAGGCGAGUCAGCCAACGACAUUUUCGAUAUUCUCCCCGACACUGGCACAACUUAUCAAGAAGCGAUCGACUGUUUCACCCAACACUUCGUGCCUCAAGGAAAUACAGACAUGGCUAUAUUCGAUUUUCGAGAGCUAAAGCAAGGAUCCAACGAAACGCUCAACGAAUACUACCGUCGACUGAAGACAAAAGCAGUACAAUGUAAUUUUCACGAGGAAGCCGAGAUUAAAACCCAAAUUAUUCUCAAAACCCGCGAUUCCCGGUUAAGAAAGAAAGCGCUUCGUGAGACGAUGACUCUCAAACAAAUUCUCGACUACGGGAAUACCUUAGAACGUACAGAUGAACAGUCUAAACGCCUCGAUAACGCCAGCAAGUUCCAAAGCGAAAGUAACGAAACGGCAAAUUAUAAUUACAACGAAAAGAAUUCAAAACAACAUCGAAAAUUUCCAACUACCGGUGGAUCAAAUUCCAGAUACAGGACGCCCAAGAAGUCUGAUUCGCGUUUUCAAGGAAAUAAAUACCAGAAAGAAGCUCCAGAUAGCGGUCGAAAGUCCCAAACCUGUCGUAACUGUGGAGGUAAAUUCCCGCACAAAGACGGAAUAGAGUUCUGCCUCGCUAGCGGUAAACCUUGCCACAACUGCAAGAAAAUCGAUCAUUUUGCAAAAUAUUGCAGAUCUCAAUCUAAGGACAGUGGAAAUGUCAGACAUGUCAACCAAGAGAAAAGUUGUGAUUAUCUUCAAGACUCGGACGAUGAAUUUCUUUUUACUGUCAACACAAGCUUGGGUAAACAUCCAGAAACGCAAGUACAGAUUGGACACACUAAAGUAAACAUUCUGAUUGAUUCCGGAGCCUCUGUUAACCUUCUGAACUACCCAAUUUUUCAACAAAUGCAGAAAGACGACAACCGUAUCAAGUUACAAAAGACCAAUGCCAGAAUCUUUGCAUAUGGAACACCAACACCACUUGAGUUAGCCGGAAAAUUUCAAGCUACCAUCACCUCAGCAUCAGGUACAUUCAAAACUGCUAAGUUUUAUAUAGCACAAAAGAAAUCUAAGUGUAAUCUUGGAUAUGAAUCAUCUUCCUCAUUGGGACUUAUCCUCAACAUCAACACCCUCAACCCGGUUCAACAAGAUCAUGAUGUACGUCACAUUAUCAACAAACAUCCAAAGCUAUUUGAAGGAACGGGAAACCUCAAGGGACGUGAAGUGAAGCUCGAGAUUGACCCAACAAUAACCCCGGUCGCACAAACAAAUCGAAAAAUUCCACACAGCAUGAAAACCAAAGUAAACAAAAAGCUGCAGGAGAUGAGAGAAGAAGGGAUAAUCGAGAAAGUUGAGGGAGCAACGCCUUGGUUAUCACCGUUGAUAACCAUCCCAAAGAAGAGUGGGGACCUCCGACUAGUGUUAGACAUGCGUAUACCUAACACAGCACUUGUAAGACGGCGCGUACAAAUUCCUACAGUCAACGAGAUACUUCAAAUGAUGGAGGGAGCAAAAGUCCUUACAGAGGUUGACCUGUCGCAAGGUUAUCUUCAACUGACCUUGGCAGAGGAAUCCCGUCAUAUUACAGCAUUUUCAACUCCUGAAGAUGGUCCGCAUAGAUUCACCAGGCUGAUAAUGGGAGCGUCACCAUCCGGAGAACACUUUCAUGAGAUUAUCCACGAGCUCAUCAAAGAGGUACCAGAUUGUGCCAACAUCUCUGAUAACAUUUGGCUAUGGUCCAAAGACAAAGAAACACACCUCAAGCGGCUAGACCAGCUCCUCACAAUCCUGAGAACCAAUGGCAUCACACUGAAACUACCAAAGUGUUCGUUCGCAGUACCGCAGAUAAACGUGUUUGGUCAUAUCGUGUCCGAGAAAGGAAUCAGACCAGAUAGCACCAAAGUCGUAACCAUAACAAAUGCUCCACAUCCUACCACAGUAUCGGAAGUCAGAUCCUUCCUAGGCCUCACCAAUUAUUUUUCGAGAUAUAUACCCGACUACAGCAGCCUAACCUUCCCACUUCGACAGCUUACAAAGAAGAAUGUCACGUAUCACUGGGAUCACAGUCACGAGAAAGCAUUCCAGUCACUAGAGAAUGCCAUCACCACUUCACCGGUAUUAGCUCAUUACAAUCUUACUGCGGAAACUAAAGUCGUAGUAGAUGCAUCGCCAUGGGCACUGGGUGCUGUAUUUAUCCAGAAACAAGCCGACGACAAUUAUCGACCAAUCGCGUAUGGUAGCAGAUCGCUAACAGAUGUCGAACAGAAUUAUGGUCACAUAGAGAAAGAAGGAUUAGCAAUCGUAUUCGGAUGUGAACACUUUCACAUGUACCUAUAUGGAGGUAGUUUUGAAUUGGAGACAGACCACCGACCUUUAGAGCAUAUCUACAAGGCAAAGCUUCAAAGCAAACCAACAUCAGCCAGACUCGAAAGAUGGAGACUUCGACUCCAAGAGUACUACUUCCACGUUAUCUACCGACCUGGCCCAUCCAAUCUGGCCGAUCCUUUGUCCCGACUCCCGAAAGAUGGAAAAGAUGGAAGCAAGAGGAGCAACAUGGAGGCUUGCGCUGACCGAUAUGUUCAUAACAUGACACAAGCACAGACACCGAAUGCCAUGAAAUUAGAAGAAAUACAAAGAGAAACAUUAGCAGAUCCGGAACUCCAACAGAUUAAACAGAACUUGCAAAAUAAUCAAGUACGGUAUACAAACUUCCGAAAGCAUAUAAGGUCAUCGCUCAUGAGCUCUGCAUCACAGAUCAAGAUAUCUUACUUCGAGGUGAUCGCAUUGUUCUUCCUAACAAGCUGAGACAACAAGCAAUUAGCCUUGCACACGAGGGUCAUGCAGGUAUGGUCCGCUGCAAACAACGACUGCGCUCCAAGCAUUGGUGGCCAGAGAUGGACAAGCAGGUUGAAGAACGAAUUCGAUGCUGUCAUCCAUGUCAACUUGUCAGUAAGAGCCCGCGACCAGAGCCAAUGGAACCAACUAAGCUUCCUAAGAAACCAUGGUCGAAGCUAGCCAUAGACGUAUGUGGACCAUUUCCCACUGGAGAACAAGUAGUUGUCCUUACUGACUAUUAUUCGCGCUGGCCAGAAGUCAAAAUCUUAAAAUUAGUCACGUCCAAAAACAUUAUCGACUGGUUACUAUCGGUAUUUGCAAAUCACGGAUGUCCAGAUGAAAUAAAGUCCGACAACGCAUCCUACUUUGUUUCUACCGAGUUCAAGGAUACACUAACUUCUUGGGGAAUAGAACAUAAGACUGUGACGGAAUAUUGGCCGCAAGCCAAUGGGCAAGUUGAGAGAUUUAAUCAAGUUCUCGAGAAACACAUCCUAACCGCACAGGCGGAAGGAAAAGCGUGGAAACCCACCAUUCCAAUCAUGCUACUCCACUACCGCAAUACUCCUCAUAGAGUGACCGGAAGAACACCUUCAUCAUUGCUAAUGAACCGAGAAGUCAAGACGAAACUUCCUAGUUUUGAACAACAGACAAACGAUGAAACUGAAACUCGCAAGAAAGAUGAAGAGGAGAAAGAGAAAUCGAAGAAAUAUACCGACAAGAAGCGAAAAGCAAGUCCAAAAAAUCUUGAAGUCGGAAAUAAAGUAUUAGUUACUCAAAAACAUCGAAACAAAUUUACGACAAAGUUUCAUCCUGAUCCAAUGGUAAUCACCAAAAUAAACGGCACGCAGAUAGUGCUAAAAGACAAGAAUGGCACACAACAUCGCAGAAACUCAUCGCAUGUCAAGUUAUGCCAGGAAAUUCCUGAUCCUGAAGAAGAAAUCCAGAGUGAUCGCAAGCAUAAUAGACAAACGGAAAGUCGCGAAGAAAACACCGAAGCAACUCAAACAGAAACCAACCAGAAUACUACAGGAACGGAAAUUGUUCUACGUAGAUCAACGAGAAAUAGAAAACAACCAGACUAUCUAAAAGUAGGUUAAGUUAGUCAAGUUUAAAAUGCAGACUGUUGACAUUUAUUUAGUUUUAAAGAACACGGUAAUGAAACCCCGUAAUAGUAAGUCCAAGACACUAAGUCUUAGAACGGAACUACAAAGUAAAGAACUACAUAGAAUUAGAGACUUUAGAAACUUUAAAGGUUGAUAUUUUCAUAACUAUAAUUAAGGAAGGGAUGUUGUAUCCAAAUGCUGAUUAUAAUAAUAAUAAUAAUAAUAAUAUUUAUUCAGGAAGCUCCACUCACCGAAGUGUUUUUCAAGGAGGUCCUGCAAUAUAUAUCUAUAUUAUACAUGGUAAACUAUACUGUGCUUAUUUAAAAACUAUAAAAUAUUUACAAAUGGAUUAUAUAUAAUUAUACUUCAUAGUUAGAAAAAUAUAAUUAUACUUCAUAGUUAGAAAAAAAAAAACUUAAUUAGAUAAAUUGUUCAACUUAAUUAGAUAAAUUGUUUUAGUUUGGUUUUAAAGAGAUUAAGAUUAGUAGAUUGUUUCAGUUCAAUAGGUAAUGAGUUCCAUUCCGAUACCGAGUGAUAAGUGAAUUUCUGUUUUCCCCAAUUCGUACGUGGGCGUGGGAGGUAGUAGUUGUUGUUCUGGCGUGUUUUAUGGCUAUGUAUACGGGAGAUUAUGGUAAGGUUAAAAUCAAAGUCGACUAGAUGGUUAAGACAUUUAUAGACGGAGAUACAACGGUGGUAUUUUCGACAUAGAUAAAGGGGUUUCCACUCUAGAGUUUCAAGGGCUUCGGUAGCGGAGGAAUGGCAAGGAAGAUCAAGGAUAAGUCUCGCAGCGUUAUGUUGCAGAACUUGAAGGUGGUUCAUUAGAGUGGAGUUGUUUUUAUCUCCCCACACGAUAUCACUGUAGUCCAAUAGAGGGAGAACAAGACUGUUGUAGAGGGUGAGUCUGGCUUGAAUAGGGAGUAAGAAUUUUAUGCGGCGAAUGAGACCAAGGCGUUGAUUAAACUUCUUGCUGAUGUUGUCGAUAUGUUCUGACCAGGUUAGGUUUUGUUGAAUUGUAACUCCUAAGUAUUUGAAGGAGUCAAUUCUAUCAAGUAUGGAUCAUUAACCGUGAUGGAAACAUUGUUAAAUUUUGCAACUUUGCGAGAACUUCCGUAAAUUAUAAAUUUACACUUGGAGACAUUAAGUGUCAGAAGAUUGUCGUUAAACCAUCUGCAUAGGUGUUUUAGAUCGGAAUUUAACUUCAUUUCAAGAUCGCAAGCAUUGUUUGAAGAAAGGUAUAUCACAGUGUCGUCAGCGUAUAAGGAUAUUUCACAAUGGUUGAUACAAUAAGGCAAAUCAUUAACAAAAAUAAGGAAUAGUAGUGGACCCAAAACACUACCUUGAGGAACUCCGACAGGAACGUGUUUGAAGGAGGAAACAGUGUUAGCCAGGGCGGUAAGUUGAUUUCUAUUGCUUAGGUAUGACUUGAACCAGUUGACAGAAUCAUUGGAGAGACCAGAUGAGGCAAGCUUUUCAAAUAAAAGAGAAUGGUCGACAGUAUCAAAGGCUUUAGCCAGGUCAAGAAAAACAGCUCCUGUUACUAAACCCUUGUCCAUAUUAGCCAAAAUGGUGUCCGUGAAAUGUGCAAGCGCAAUCUCAGUGGAAAGUUUACGUCUGAAACCAAACUGUCGUGGUGUUAGUAUUUUAUUGUCAAUAAGGUAGCGGUAAACUUGAGAGUGGACUGCUUUCUCGAGAACUUUACUAAUUGUUGGGAGUAUCGUGAUUGGUCUGUAAUUGCUAGCAUUGGAUUUGUCACCAGAUUUAAAAAGCGCUGUUACUUUGCCAGACUUCCAGGUUGAUGGAAAUGUUGAGGAAGUGAGUGAACGAUUGAAAAGUUUGGUUAGGAUGGGAGUUACAACACUGGAAGAAUCUUUAAGUAACCUAGCGCUGAUUUUGUCUAGGCCUACAGCUUUGUUGGUUUUAAGAUUGUUCAGAACACCAUACACAUAACUUUCUUCAAUUGGCUGGAAAACAAAUUCAUUUUCCCUAAACUCACUAGGUUGCUUGAUAGAAUUCCGAUUUGGAUACAAAUUUCUUAUCUUAGAUGCCAAUUUGGAUCCUAUGCUUGAGAAAUGGUCGUUUAAUGACUCAGCUAUAGACUUUGGGUCGGUAUGAGAAACACCAUUAGCUUCAAUACAAGAUGGCGAGCAGUGAGAUUUUCGGGACGAGAUGUCAUUUAACGUUUUCCAUAAAGCACUAGUGUUUCCUUUAUUCGUAUUAAUCAGGUUCGAGUAGUAUUCAGCUUUGCAUUUCUUAACAUUUAUGUUGACGUAAGAUUUAAUCUUCUUGUACAUCAUCCAGUGAAAGGGCGAAUUUGACUUAACGGCUUUGCGGUGGUGGUAGUCGCGAUCUUGCAUUGCGUUGCUUAAAUCAGUAGUAAGCCAUGGGGUUUGGAUUCCUUUUGUUCUCAAUUUCUUAAUUGGAGCAUGAAGAUUGGCAACAUUUGUGAACAGUUCAUUCCAUUUACUUACAGCGACAUUAAUGUCUUGUUCUUCGUCAAUAAGAUCGAAAUUAACAUGCACAAGAUCGGCGAGGAAAGAUUGCUUUGAAUAAGUUUUGUAGGAUCUGUAUUCUAUGACUCUUCCUGGUGCUCUACGUACACCCGCUUUAACAACACAGUAGAUGAGAGAAUGGUCACUUAAGUUUACGUGUAGGACUCCGGAGGAAACUAUUCGAUGAUUAUUGUUAGCGAAUAGGAGAUCAAUCAAUGUACUUGAGUUCUCAGUUAUUCUCGUUGGUUUAUCAAUAAGUUGUUCAAGAUUGUACAUGCUGGUAAAGCUUAGGAGUUUUCGCUUAAGAGCUCGGGAAGCAUCAUUUUUUGUAGCUAAAAAGUUCACAUUAAAGUCACCAAGUAGUAUUACUUCAGCUUCUAACGAAAUAGAGGACAAUGCAGUAUCAAGUUCUUCAGUAAGUGACUCUAACAAUUGAUCGGGGGCUUUAUAGAUUGUGAAUAUAAAAAGGCUUUUGCAUUUUGGACGAGUAAUUUCAAUAACAGUGGAUUCGAUAUUGCUACUCAGAAGGUCUGUCCGUAUUUUGUAAGGGAUGCCAUCUCUCACAAAUGCUAACGUACCACCACCAGAUUUUCCAUUCCGGUCGUUUCUGGAAAACGUAUAGCCAGGAAUAGAGAUUUCACCAUCAGCUAUAUCAGAGUUUAGCCAGGUUUCAGAGAUCGUAAAAAUAUCAAAAGGUUUUUCAUUAAGUAGAAGCUUUAAUGAAUCUAUUUUAUUGUAGAUACUUCUGAUAUUGAGGUGUGCAACUUUAAGACCCCGAGAUUGAAGAAAACCACUUGCUUGAUGACUAUUAGUAAUCGAUGCAGGUCCAGGGUUAGAUUCUACAUCACCAGAUAUAGAAAUAACUAGAACUGCGAGAAUUGCGUAUAGCAGUAAACGGCACCCAAAGAAAACCUUUGAUGAAUUCGGCAAUGAUUUUCGUUUUUCCCUUUUUCGCCGACAACCGUACUUAACUAGACUCAUGAUAUUGGUUGUUGCGAUUUCCUUGCAUAUGUAGAAAAUAGCAUGUUGUUGCACCAAGUUAGAACAAUUCUUUGGGACAUAACAAUUCUUUGGGACAUAAAGACCACAUAAGGUAAUAUAGAUAUAGAGAAAUAACCAGAGGUAAAGGUUUCUACAGCAAAACUUCAUCAAAUCUAUCAGCAUCAUGAUGGAGAAAGUACGAUUUAAACGUUCUGUUGAUUAGAUUAUUUAGCAGACGGCGGUCGAUAAGUGCGAUGGACACUUGAGGGAAUUUGUAAUUAAUACGGAAGAUACUUGAGAUUAUAUCUCGCUGCAAUGUCAGGGAAAACCACGCCAAUGAAGGAAAAUGAAUCAAUAGUAUAGACUAGCCGAUAGAUAACAAACAGUUUAGCAUCAAGCAGAGUUGAUUAACUUGUAAGCCACCACAAUAAAAUAAAGUCCUUGAAUUGUUUACUGUUCCAGAACUUGAAAUAAUAAAAGGUUAUAAAGCCACAAAGUCACGCGCAAAAUUCAAAUUUACUGUUGCUACGAAACGUUAGCCCUGUCAAAACAAAUCCCAACGGUCAAGACGCGAAAUAUUGAAAAUAAUUGCGAGAACACAGUAUGUUUUGAGAAUAAAUAACUUGGAUAGUAUGAAGCAAUACCAAGGACCAAGGCCAAGCACUGUAACAAUUAUUAUGUUGAUAUUCAAAUAAGCAAUCAGAAGAAUGCGAUGUCUACAAAUUGUGAGACUCUUCGUAUAUCAGGCGGUCAAAUGUAUAACCUGAUAUUAUAACCACUGGAAGAUACCAAACGAACCAAAAAAUUGUCAGUUGAUGAUCACAAUAUUCUUAGCUUUGGAAAUUUACGAAAUAAAUGGAAAAAAUAUUUAAAGUAGAUAUAAUUUUUGCCAAUAAAUUGCCAACGGUUGCCACCACGUCAGGUCACGUAAGGUCGUAAGAGUCAAUAUGAUGAUCAGAUUGAUCAGCUGAAGUGAUUGACAUAUAAGAUUAGGUCACGAGACAUUGGAUUAGGAGACGCUAACCCAGAGAGCAAGUAUACAUGUAUAAUAUAGCAUAGUAAAUAUUUGUUAUAAAAGUUGAAUAACGGAGGAUAUAAAAUAAUUCUACAAAAAAGUCAAAAUACACCCUUCCGGAAUGUAUAUGUCACUUUGGCUAUGGGGCCUCUUUUCAAUUAAAAUGUUUCAAUCAUGAAAAUGAGACUCUAUAGCCUAUGGCCAAGGUGAAUUUCGGGAAGCAUGUAUUAAAAUGCGGUAGUUCACAAUUAAUCAAGCUUUAAUUGUAUGUUCAGUUUCCAAAGAUGUGGUUUGGUACUGUAUUUUGCCACCCAGAAAGGAGUGUGUCAUUUUGGAAUAAAUCUGCAAUAAAUAAAAAUAUAUUAAUUAACUAUAGUAACAUAUAGUAACAUAAUUAGCAUAUGACCAAGGCAAACAAACGAAUGUGUCCAAACUCCUCAGCUUAAACCAGGGGUAUCAGAACGAUGAGUGCACUUAUCAAGGUUCAUAGUUUAUUCAGAGUGAUAUUUACGGAGAAAACCUUCACGAAAACAGGCCAUCCUGGGAAUGAGGUGUGAACACACAUGCAUGCCUUAGCACACACCUCAGGCUUUAAAUAAACCUUACUACCUCAGCUUAGGGAAAAGUGUGAUUUAUCUCAAGCCUCUAUAAUGACACAAAUAUCAAGAAGUAUCCCCAACCAAGCCUCAGCUCCCCCAGCUACAUAUAAGUGGUACAUAACACAAAACCUAUUUCUCUCAUUUAAAAGAUAGUCUGUAGCACAUGAUGAUAUAGUUUAUGUCUGUUUAUAUAAAACGAGAUCUCAGGAGUCAACCUUUUAAACAUUAUUACACAACACAGUUCGCACUUUAAAUACCGUCGUAUUACUCGUAUAUAUGAUUGAAUGUCAUUUAAUGUAAGCUUCGUAGCUUGUAACCAAAUAGUUGCGACCGUGAAUUACAGCUUGCUAAAAUAGCGGCGGGAAGCUUUACACUUUACCAUAUGUAUUACCCUGUAGGAAGUUGUUUCAUCGUUAUGCUUAUCAAUUUCAUGUCAAAUAAGAUAUUUAUAUAAUUGAAUAUGAAAUACGUCCCUUACCCUCUGUAAAUCCACAUUCAAGUAUCGUCUUUUCCCACAUUUCUUGAGGUUUUAAAAUUUGUUUAUCGUGAACUUGCACGACUUGCAAGUACGACUUGCAUAUCUUUGACCAAAUGGUCAAAGGUAUAAAAUGUAUCUCGAAAACAUCAGACUUGCAUAUCUUUGACCAAAUGGUCAAAGGUAUAAAAUGUAUCUCGAAAACAUCAUAAAAAUGGAUUCAAAACAACGAGAACUAUAUUAGCUGCAAAACUAUUUUGGAAAAACCAGGGGGGAGAGGGGGGAAACUGCCGUGAGAUCAGAACUGUGGUGACUACCAUGAAAAUAAAGUAAGUGUUGUCAUGGAAAUGGCGUCAAUUUUCAUAAAAAUCUGCCGUGUUUUUGGCGACACUUCGUUGAUGGAAUGAAGUAUAGGAAGAGUUCCUCCAGUUAUAAUACAGCUCAGUGGUAAAACCUCGCCAAGAACAGCUAGGAGCUGUUGCGGUGUCAAGCUAUUACGAAAUUGUUAUUAUAUUUGCCUAAGAAAGUUCUGUGCUUUGCUGUGAUAGAAUUCUCAUUGAGAAAACGCAUGCAUGUUAUCCAAAAACGCUAUCCAAAAUGUUGCGUCGUUUUCAUAAUUGUUUUCUCCUUGGACCAAAAAGAUUUAAUUUAACACGCUUUGAGGGUGGGAAGGGGGGGGGGGGAUAGAUCAUAUUUCACACUCUGCUUUGUCUUUCCCCAAAUUCCCAACAUGAGCUCCACCUUUGAAUUUACUAUAUGAGUAAAUUCUUAAACACGUCCGAAUUUAUUAUUAUGAUAAAUUCGCGGCACAUUUUGAAUUUAUCAAUAGAGUUAAUCAUAAAACUACAAGCAUUAGACAAGAUUUCUUGUUAUAAACGUAAUGGCACUGAAAGGAGGCUUACCGCGCGGGGGUGGGGCGUUUCUCAAGUUUUUUAAAAAUAUAGUUUUUAAAAAAGUUUUACAAGUUUAAAAAGAGUUUUAAAAAGCAAGAAAAGUUUAAAUUAAGAAGCUAGAUUAUUAAAAAAGAUAAAAAGGUUAAAAAAAUUUAAAAAGCUAAAAAAGAUAGGGUUAGAGGUUAGUGGUUAGGGGUUAGUGUUUAGAGGUUAGUGGUUAGGGUUGGUGUUAGGGUUAGGGUUAGUGUUAGGUGCCGCGAAUUUAUUAUUAUGAUAAAUUCAAAAUUUGCCGCGAAUUUAUCAUAAUGAUAAAUUCGGACGUGUUUAAGAAUUUACUCAUAUAGUAAAUUCAAAGGUGGAGCUCAUGCUGCAAAUUCCACAGGCAAUCGAUAAAAAGCUGACAAAGACAAACAAGUAUAAGUCAGUUUACUUAGUUAUUUAACACAGGAUUUUGGGCAUCUACACUCGAUAUAACUUGUCGCAUGUCGAAGGGAAAUUGUAAACAGAAAUGUCCAACUGUGAAUGUUUCCAUUUAUUAGACUUAACCACAAACAGUUGCGCAACUGUUCCUGGUUAGGUGAAUAAUAAAUGUAUACAAGUCAUAUUCGAAAUUUUGAUCUACAAAACGCUUUUAUAAUUAUUUACGAAGCUUUUCAGGAGGGGGGGGUUGCAAAGGGAAAAAAUUUCCCCCGGCCCUCAGUUUAAGCCCCCCCCCCCCAAAUUUACAAAAUAAAAAAAUAUUUCGAAAGUUUUUUGAUAUAAAUAAUGGUAUGAAAAAAUUUUCUGAACCAAAAUUUUACAAAUAUUUAUCGCCCAAAAAGGUUUGACCCAUGUUGUAACAGGAAUUUGUAAGGAAAAAAAAUUGAACCUUAGUUUAACUGAUGUUGGACCAGAAAAAUUUUUAGACCCCUUUUUUAAAUGUACGGAAAAAUUUAACCCCGCUCGCCAACAUUGUUUUUUAAAAAUAGGGCCCCUAAAACAAGAAUUUGUCCCGGGCCCCCGAAUUUUUCUGAUAGGCGCUGAUUAUUUAUAACACAGCCAAUAAAUAGGUGUUCUUAAUUUUCGACGAAUGGCUGCAGUUUUUCAUGAAAAUAAAACAUUUAUGAUUUGCACAUAUGAAAAUUUCAGACUUAGUAGGAAUGCUUCAAAAACGGCGGAAAUAACAUCUUUAAUUGAAUAGAGCAUUUGAAUGGGGUCUGUUUCUUAGUAACUUUAUACUAAAAUGCAUUUGUUCGACAUUCCUUAGAAUUACCCGCAAAACAAUCUACGUACUGGUUGUAUCGCGGACGGUUGUUUUGGAGACUGCUUAAAUGCCUCCGACAUUGCUAUGCUAUUGAAUGUUGAUGAUGUAAGUGUAUUGUUCGAUUCAUUUAUAUGUGAUAUAAGGUUGUAUUUAUAGGAUAAACACUAAGUGGGACGCUUUCAGAGAAAUUCAAUAACGAUUGCAGGAUAUGAGGUCAUGAGUUACAAUGAUGCUCGAGCACUAGGUUUUCAUAUAUAUGUACUAUUUAAAUAUAUAUAAAUUAUCGAGUGGAUAUUUACACACAUUUAUUAGUAAAACCUAACCAACAACAGCUUCAAAAAUGCAAGUUUAAGUCUCUGGCAGAAAUCGAACCUGACAUGCGAUUUCGGUGCAGAGCUCUAACCAAUUGAGCUACAGAGGCCAGUAGUCGAACUCUGCAUGAACACAAGUUCAUGUAUAUACUAGGGUACUGCCAUGUAUAGGUUAUAUAUGGGUAUAUGUCCUAUACAUCAAGAUAUUGUUGGCAUCUGACUCGAUUGAAUAGUUGAAGGGUAUUGUAGACGGAAAAUAUCGAGUGGAAAUUUAUAUACAUAUAGUCAAAACAACAUACCCAGUCUGGAUUAUUUACAAUUUAACAGUAGAAAUUGACGAAUUGUAUACAAUGGCUGUAUUUUAACCAUCCAAUUGAUAUGAACAUUUAUUUUAGCGUAUUUACAUUCAUAACUUACGUUUGUCCGCUUAAGAGAGGUUAUUGGCUCAUUGGGACCUCAAGCUAGUUAAGUGUCUGCAUGAUGCCGCUUAAUUAAUGGAAGGUCCGCUAAAUAGAGAAAAUGAUGAUGCUAUUUUUAAUUAAAGAAAUCAUUGGGACAGGAGGUAUAUGUCCGUUUAAGAGAGAAAGUCCGUUAAUAGGGGUUCGACUGUAUAUACAUUGCUCAGCCAGAAAGCUGGUGACGAGUAAUAAUCGAUUUAAUGCUACAGGAAUCGAUAUUAUAUAUAUCUCGCUCACGCUUGGCAGCAAUUACGUUUCUUAGAAUAAUUUAUCAUAAAUUUUUAGAAUCAUUUUAUCAAAGAAUUUAUCCCUGCAUCGUCAUCUGACAUCCUCAAAUUAUCUGAACUCGAAUUUCGUUCACUGGCUGUUAUUACCGACAAAAUUGCCCAUGAUGAAAAAUUGGAAUUGGUAAGAUUUAAUACUAGAUUCCCCAUAUUACAUUUUCACAGCGCUUUGCAUUGUGGUUAUAGUGAUAUCACUGGUAUUCAAGAUGGCUUAUUUUUCGUCCUGACCCGUGGAAGAACUUUUAAAAAAGCUAGGGUCUGGUGCGCAAUAGUCAACUGCAAAAUAUUCGCGAAAACAUUCAAUAUUUCCAUUCGAGGCCGCUAUCUUUAUCAGUGAUGCCACCAUAACCAGAAUGCAAAGCACCUACAAAUUAAAAACGUAAUAAGGGGAAUCAUAAAUUACAUUUUAGUAGGCUAAUAUUAUUUGAAAUAAAUGUUCUCCUCUUCCUUUGCAUAUAUUCUUUAGCUCUUAUAUGAGGAAAUAGCCCUUAUCAGUUGUUUCGUUACCAACCAAUGGUAUAGGCCUAAUAUUAAGCCGAUCGCGACGUACUUGGAUGAUUGUACAAUGUAAUUUAUCAUAAUUAUAUCUACUCCUAAUUUUAGUUAUUAACAACGGUAUUUCUUUUAAGAUCACAGAAGUUGGUGAUAUGAACAGCUUGGAAGAGUUUAUCAGCGAGUUUGGAUGUCAGACGGAAAACGCUAUGAUGUACCUUUUACAAAUUGUAGAUGCUGUAUCGUUUUUACACAAAAGAAGAUUCAUACAUCGAAAUUUGCGAGCUGCAUCUGUCUUUAUUUACUCGAAUGGAAAUGUAAGUCAAGUCUUCAAUUGUUGGAAACGCGGUUAAAAAUGUUGGUACGUUGUGUCGACAGAAAGACUAUAAAAUGAGAAUAUAACUUGGUCUUUACUAGCUACAUUAAUAUAACUAACAGUUGAAGGUUUUUGUAGAUGGAAAUUUCUACCAGACAAUUAUAUGCAAUUUUUAUACCUAAAGCCUGGUUCCGACACUGGUCGUAAUUCAUCGGCGAUCUAUUGUAUUCUUUUCCGACAGACAAAGCAUUUUACACACCAAUGACUACAGACAAUGGAAAUCCUCAAUUCUUACGACCAGAGUGAACCAGACAUUAUGCCAGGCUUAACCAGUAGAGGCUGCGAUCAAUGCAACUAUUUUGGGUCUUUGCUAGGAAUCGAACCUGUGGCUCUGCGACUCUAACCAACUGAGCUACAAAGUCCAGGUUCGAUUCCUGCACAGGAUCUAUAGUUGCGUUUUUCGAAGCUGUUCCUGGUUAGGUCUAAAAAUUGAAUAUAAUCUUACGCUCGAAACGUUCAUCUACAAAAGCUGUUUGUUCUAUCGAGAAAUGCCAGAUAUCUUAAUAUUAAUAUAUAAUUAGUUUUAUUACUAUUUGCGUUGACGCGUGUGGGCACCGCGAUAAAAAGUUAUUUCCGAAUAUUUAAUUGUAUUUGCCACCAACAUUGCAAUUCGACAACUUUAUUUUCACAUACCAAAAUAGUGAUGACAUGCAUGAGGCUUAAGUCUGCGAUACUCGACCGAAACUAAAGUUACUAUAGGACAAUAUUUUAGCUUUCGUUUGACAAUUGAAUAGUUUGUGCAUUUUAAUCAUAAAAUAGAACAAAAAUACUAAAAAAGCAAAAGUGGCAAAAAGGAAUUUGUGAUUUGGAUUUGUUAUUGUCUUGACUCAAUAUGAAAGAGAAAAUGGUCUUUGUAAAACGCAAAUGUUGUCACUAUUUUGGCAUGUGAAACGUGAAGUUCUCCAACCGCAGACCUUGGUUGCAAAACUCGAAACAACUUUUGAUCGCUGCAUGGGUAACGCUUGAAUGGAAAGGCUAAUAUGUCGUAGUCUUCUCAUGGUGGCUGAAAAUAUGUCCACUACCCUAUAUAUUCAGUCACAGAUGAAGUAUAUACCAGAUGUGUAACUUAAUAGGAAUUCGUGUCCUCAAAUUUCCCUAGAUGUACACGUCAUGCUCACGCCAUGACACUUGCUAGGAAGAUGGCGUCCUGGAAAACACGAACGUUUGCAUAUUAUUGCGGCUUUUUUGGAUCGAAAUUUAUGGAUUAGACAAUCAAGAACAUCAUUUGUUCAAAGUUCAAAGUUGUUAAAAGCAAUUAAAGUUGUGGAAAAGGUGUUGAAAGCAUUUUGAAAGCAAUGACGUAUUGCCAAAUGACGAAUUAUCACGCGAGCGACACUUGCUAGGAAGAUGGCGACCGUGGGACAACUUUUUUACUGAAGUUACACAUCUGUUCUUACUUAAUCUAUGAUUCAGUGAACGAUAUUUCUUGAAAUUGCGAUCAGUUGGGACGGAGACCGCACCUACUUCUUUAGACCAUCUUUUGCGAGCAAGAUACCGGAAAAUAUUAUCCUCUCUAGCCUAGAAAUUUAGCUAAUUCGAUUUAUAGCAAGAUUGAUUGAGAUGUUGAAGAUAGCAUUUACAACGAUUUGUCUUCGGGUAAUUUUUCUCGCUCGUGAUAUUAUAUAUACGCCGAUCUCACUUUUUGUUACAUUUAAUGCUGCGUACCUAAACAAGAUAUCACAUCUAUCUUAUUCUUAAUUGUUAUAGUAAACGCAUGUUCUCCAAUGCUUGCAUUGUAGUAUAUCUCCCUUGUAAAUUUGACGAAAAGUAUGACUAAAAUUAAUUAAUAUUACUAUAGGCAAAAUUGGCAUGUUUUGCCCGAGUAAGAAGACUGAUGCCGAAUGUUGACGACAAGUCGUCGACGAUGCCGAUUCAUCUUUCAAUGUUUGUUGACUCUCUGAGAUGGUAGGUAAAUUGUUUCGAACAUUCCUUCUAAGAUACGUCAGUUCCUUAUUUUUUCAAUAAUUAUUGAAAAUACCAUAGCUGGUAUAGUAUGCGCACUAUAAUUAUCGUAUUAAUAGAAAUUCAAUAUUGCCGAAUCGUUUUUCUUUCAAAAUAGGAAAUGUAACUUUAAUCUUCCCCAUGACAUGUAAAAAACGUCAGAAAAUACCUCAACAUUUGUACAAAAAAUAUAGUUGAAUAAAUCCUUGCAAGUAGCCUAUUUGCUGGUUUCUAUUCGUUAGCAUUAUAAUUAUGUUCUUUUUAGGAGUUCACCAGAAGUAAUCACUGAUGGAAUGUACUCGAAAGCUAGUGACGUGUGGGCGUUUGGAGUUUUGAUCUGGGAAAUAUUUACUCUCAUUGACAAAGAUAUCGAUGAAAGCAACGAAGAAAUCUCCCAUCUUCCCUAUCAUGAAUUGAUAUCCAAGCGCCAGGUAGCUACAUUUUUCGAUAAUAUUUCAAACUCAUUACUAAAUCGUCUGAUAUUGCAAUUUCUUUCAGGACAAAAUUAUUUUUCAGAUUUUGUCGGAAUGAAUCGCUCAUAAUUCGAUAAAUAUAAAAAAUUUAAACAAAGAGCAAAAUGUGAACAUGGGUUACCUGACAGAUUAAUGAGAUGUGGCGCAUUGUUUAUUGAUGUCAGCAAUUGACAUGCAACACUCUACACAAUACGUGAAAUGCGCGUUUAGAUCAUAUUCCCGCGGGCACGAAUGUAUGUUCGCGCGAGUUUGUCCAUAUAGCAUAUAUAAGUUAAGAUUCUUUUCCAGUAAGUUAAGAUUCUUUUUCUCAGUGUAUAAGGGAUUUUGUGAACGUUAGUAUAUCGAGCAACAUUCUUAGUUAGUCUAUUUUUAUUUUCACGCGCUUUAAUUUAUCUACUGCAUGAAACCAAAACCCGUUAAUCGAAACUGUCCAGUGCAAAUAUACAGGAUAAGUUGAGGAAGUCAAUCGUAUAUUUUGACCUUUCAUAUUUCAGAUAUUGUCAUAUCUUCAAAAAGGUAAAAGACUUGGUCAACCUAAAAGUUGCCCGGAUCGGUUUUACGAAAUUAUGCUCGAGUGUUGGGAACACGAUGCUCAGGAUCGACGCGAUUGUCAAGAUAUAGCACAUUGUAUUAUUAACGAGCAGGUAUGCACCUGAAUGCAAUCGUUUCAAAGACUUUGAAUCUAUAGUAUAGUUAUAUUUCAUUUUUCCAUUCCAUUUCCUCGGGGGGGGGGGGAGACUAAGCCAAACACGAUCUACUGAUAAACAAUAAUAUUAUCAACAUUUGAUCAAUAAUGACAAUGAAAUAUUUUUAAACUUGUGGGCUUCAGCACCUGAUGAUUUGGUUAGAAAGCGUGAUCUUUCUCCAUUGUCAGGAUAAUUUGCCGGCCCUUUCGCCUCCACCAGUUAAUAGAAACUGACCAAAACGAAUUAUGAAACAAUUUCUUGCAGCAUGUUUACCACCUAAAUUCCUCAAUUCGGUCCAUGUGCAAGGAACGGCAUCCCCCAGGCUCAAAUUUUCGGAGCAUUUUUUCUAGGGAGUAUGCCCGGGCUCCACUAGUUUUCAGACCUUUUAACUUCAUAUAUUUUCGUGCCUUACUGCCGUGAUCAGUUCGAUCACGUUUUGCCUGUCGUGUUUGCACUUAGUUGAAACUACGGUACCCAACUUGGCACCCUCCCCCUCUGAAAAAAGUAAUACCCGCUCCGUCGUCAUCUUUGUUCGUCCAUAUUAAAUAUAUGUAAAACAAAUUUGUAAAAGUCCGACUAUAGAGAUUUUCAGUAUUGCACUAUUUGCGUCGACGUAAAAUAGAUGCUAGUACGCUAUAAAUACCCAAAAUUGAAAAGGCGGGCGAUAGUUACGGUAUUUAGUACAAAAAGUUUGGAUGCUUUUUGGAAACUGUGGAACUAUCGUGAUUAUUAAAAAAAAAAUUUAAAAGAAGCAUUUAAUUCAGACAUGAAGUUGUGACGUUAGCAUUAAAUCCUUACAGCUUGGUUGUUGAAGAAACAACUUCUUCAUCUUUUUCAGAUAUAGACAACAACAACAGACAAAGACGGACAAGAGUAUUUGUAAAGUUACAUAUGUUACUUGGAUGUUUGGUACAUCUAAUGCUCAAUUGAUUAAUUGCGUACAGUAAUUAAGUACUCGUUAUUAUCGCACUCACUGCAGUACAUUGCAAACAAACGCGUCAGCUGUAAAUACAAUAGCAACACUCAAAGACGCAUGUACCGUAAAUCGUCCUUAGCUUCCCUCUCUCAAACACAGAACCUUGUAUAUAGUAUUCUUCUAGUUUUGAGAAAGUUGACGAAACCCACUGGUCACAAAAAUAGGAUUGCGUGGUUUUUGACCAGCGGUCCUGCUUUAUAGCUGCACUAAAAUGGAUAGGUAAAAUAUCUUAUUGCCUUUUCAAAAUUUUAGCUGUAAAUAUAUAUUUAUGAAACUUACUGGCAUAAACAGAGCACAUUAAUUUUUAAACUUUGUGUUGUAACAUUACAAAUGGGUUUUCAAGGAUAGGAAUAG